UCAAUUGAAGCAUCACCUUCUUGCCCUGUAAGGUGCCAUAUUCUGGGUACGAUUUGGUCGGUCCCAACUCUAAGCGAUCGUCUUUCUUUCGCUCUUGCGAGCUGUUGCUACAACCAUGACGCAGAGUAAACCGGCAAAAAAGACUACAAAGACUGCAAAGUCUGGUGCUGAGGGAGGCAAGAAAGCUCCUGCUUCUGCCAAUGCCUCCAAAGGAGCAGGAGCUGCAAAAGCAGCUAAAGCCCCUGCUGGUGACAAGGGCAAAGCCCCUGCAGACAAGGCCAAGGCCCCAGCAGCUGGAAAAAAGGCUCCAGAGAAGGCUGCCAAAGCACCAGCAGCUGAGAAGACCCCCAAACCAGCGGGAGAGAAGGCAGCAAAACGGCCAGCGGCAGAGAAGGCAGCCGGAGGAGAAAAACCAGCAAAACGGCCUGCAGUAGAGAAAGGUGACAAAGCAGAAAAGCCAAAGGCCCCAAACCUAAAACUACAGCUGGAGCAAAAGCUAAAGGAGCUGUGGCGGGUAAAGCCAAGGGCAAAGCUGCUGGCAAAGGAGGUAAACGUGUGACUGCCAUGAAGGGCGCCAAGGGUGCUGCCAGCGGUAAGGGCCCAAAAGGCCAAGUUUUGAAAGGUGUUCAGGGCAAGGCUGGCGGCAGAAUUACAAAACGCAAGAAGGCAUCUUUCAAAUUCCACAUUGACUGUAGACAACCAGUGGAGGAUGGAAUUAUGAAUGCUGCUGACUUUGAAACCUAUUUGCUUGGUCAUGUAAAAAUUAACGGAAAGAAAAAUAAUCUGUAUAAGCUAAGUCUUGACAGAAAUAAGAAUAAAAUCACGGUUAAUGCUGAAGUCCAGUUUUCAAAAAGGUACCUAAAGUAUCUUACAAAGAAGUACCUCAAAAAGAACAACCUCCGAGAUUGGUUGAGAGUAGUUGCGCCACCUACUAUGAAAGAUACAUAUGAGCUUCGAUACUUCCAGAUCAACAAUGACGAGGAUGAUGAUGAUGACGGUGGAUGAGUAAAUUUAAAAUUUUUUUCUUGGCGAGAGAAAAAUGGAAGACUUCACACCAAUAAAGUGAUGUAGUGAAA